AUGGCAAGUGUACGUAUGCUGAUGCGGCGGAGGAAGCGACGAUGAGGUGAAGUCGGAGAGGGAAAGCUGACCUGAGGUGACCUGUCUGCCAGCACGGAGUUCCCCGCGUGUCCGCCGCACACCUCCUCGACAAGAGCGACCAGGCGCGUGCCAAAGAACGGAAGCAGAUCGAAGAGUACAAGGCUCUGGAGAAGGAAGUCACCGACAAGGUAGACUCACUCUCGUCGCAUGUCGCACGUGUAGAGUAGUAAUAACCCCAAGCUACAGAUCAGAUCCGGCGACUACUCCAACACCUCCCUCCAGCUCACCUCCAAACUCCUCUCCCGCAACCCCGAAUACUACACCAUCUGGAACCACAGACGCCUGAUCCUCCAAGACGUCUUCGCCAGAGAGCUCGCCGCCAACACAUCAGAGACUCGGCUUGAAGAAGCAGACGCCGCUGCAGCACGCAAAGACGGCCUCACAGUCGCCCAACGCGAAAUCACACUGCUCAUCAAGGAAGACCUCCAAUUCCUCAUCCCGCUGCUCAAACAAUACCCGAAAUGCUACUGGAUCUGGAACCACCGAAGAUGGCUCCUGACAACCGCGACCACACACAUCCCCUCCCAUGCCUCCGUGCUGCUCUGGGAGGCUGAACUAGGUUUGGUAACCAAGAUGCUCUCACUGGACAGUCGCAAUUUCCACGGCUGGGGAUAUCGUCGCGAAGUAGUCGACAACUUGGGAAAGCUAGGGGGAAAGAGCAUGGUCGAGCCCGAGUUUCAAUACACCACCAAGAUGAUCCAGAGCAAUCUGAGUAAUUUCAGUGCUUGGCAUAACCGCGGCCAGCUCAUCCCACGGCUACUGAAUGAGCGCCAUGCCGGAGCAGAGGAACGGAGAAAGCUCCUGGAUGAAGAGUUCGAAAUGAUCACAAAGGCCCUGUAUACCGAUCCCUACGACCAGAGUUUGUGGAACUAUCAUCAAUAUCUCAUGUCUGCGUUCGAUCCGACGAAUCCCAGAGGCCCGGAGAUUCUCACCAACUGUACAAAUGCAGAUCGGCUUUUCUAUCUGGAGCAGGAGAUUGACGGUAUUCGCGACAUGCUGGACGGUGCUGAGGAUUGCAAGUACAUCUACCAGGCCUUGCUGGACUAUUCGAGACGAUAUCUUGAAAUCGAUGCCGGGAACAAGAAGGUGACGACCGCAGAGAUGAAGGGCUGGCUUGAUGAGCUCAGAAAGAUUGAUCCUCUAAGGGAAGGCAGGUGGAAUGACCUUGCCUUGAAGUUGGACCUCUGA